AUGUCUUUAACACCAGCAGAAAAAGCGGCGUCUGGCGCCUUGGCGGCCAUGGUCGCCAACGCCUCCGUAUACCCGUUGGAUUUGGCAAAGACAGUCAUCCAGACGCAGCAGCACGAUAAUAAGGAGUUCAAGAACACUAUGGAUGUGUUCAAGAAGGUGUACGCGAAGCGCGGGAUUCCGGGCUUGUACCACGGUCUCUUCUCCAGUUUAGCAGGCUGUGCCGUGCAGAACUUUGGCUACUUCUACUGGUAUACGGUUGUGCGCAGGGUCUACGCGUCUUGGGUGGCCAAAAGAGGCGGCAGCACCAGCAAUUCCACUUCGGUGGAGUUGUUGUUAGGUAUGGCUGCCGCGGCCAUCUCCAACAUGUUCACAUUGCCGGUCGGCGUCAUCUCCACCAAGCAGCAGACCGACCCCCAGCAAAAGUCCAUCAUCGGAGUCAUCCAGGACAUUUACAAGGAAGACGGGAUCACCGGGUUCUGGGCCGGCUUGAAGGUCAGCCAGAUCUUGUGCAUUAACCCAUCCAUCACCUAUGGGGUGUUUGAGAGAUUAAGAACUGUUGCGUUCCAGAACAGGAAGCACUUGAAGCCAUGGGAGAGCUUCGUUGCCGGGAUGGUCUCCAAGACCUGUGCAACCAUUGCCACCCAACCAUUAAUCAUUUCCAAGGCGUUGUUACAGAAGAAACACAGAUCAGGCAGUGGUAAGGAGGCCGAAGACGGUGCCGAAACCGGGAACCGCAAGUUCAAGACGUUCAACGAGGCGUUGAUCUACUUGUACCAGACCGAUGGCCCACGCGGAUUGUGGAAGGGAGUGUUGCCGCAGUUGAGCAAGGGAGUAAUUGUCCAGGGGUUGUUGUUCAGCUGCAAGGACCAGUUGGACUUAGUGUUUAUCCAAUUGCUCCAGUGGAUUUCCUUGCAGAAGGCUGGUGCCUUGAGAUAG